AUGGACUCUGACCUGCCGCUCGUCGUCGACAACGGCACUGGGUUCGUCAAAGUUGGAUAUGCAGGGUCCAAUUUCCCUGAACAUGUUUUCGCGUCUGUGGUUGGGCGGCCAAUACUACGAGCUGAAGAGCGUGUCGGAUCCGCAGUCAUCAAGGACAUAAUGGUUGGCGACGAGGCGGCAGAGAACAGAAAUUACCUCCAAAUCACACAGCCAAUGGAGCACGGAAUCGUACGCAACUGGGAAGACAUGAAAUACCUCUGGGACUAUACUUUCGACGAGAAACUGAAGGUUGACACCAAGGGUCGCAAAGUCUUGCUAACCGAGCCUCCGAUGAAUCCUAAGGUCAACCGACAGCGGAUGUGCCAAGUUAUGUUUGAAGAAUAUGGCUUUGGCGGCGUCUAUAUUGCGAUUCAGGCAGUACUCACUUUGUAUGCGCAAGGCUUGACGACCGGAGUUGUGGUCGAUUCUGGUGACGGCGUAACGCAUAUUGUCCCUGUCUACAGUGGUUUCGCUCUCCCGCACUUGACGCGUCGGUUGGAUAUAGCUGGAAGGGAUGUAACGCGCUAUCUGAUCAAGCUUCUCCUCAUGCGAGGCUACGCUUUCAACCGUACUGCGGACUUCGAGACGGUCCGAGAGAUCAAAGAAAAGCUUUGUUACGUGAGCUACGAUUUGGACAUGGAUACAAAACUUUCUGAGGAGACCACCGUCCUGGUUGAGAACUAUACGCUUCCCGAUGGCCGUGUUAUCAAAGUGGGCUCUGAACGAUUCGAAGCACCUGAAUGCAUGUUCCAGCCACAUCUCGUGGAUGUUGAGCAACCAGGAAUGGCGGAAAUGCUCUUCCAGACAAUCCAAAAUGCAGCUGUGGAUGUCCGUUCAGAGCUUUACAAGCAUAUUGUCCUUUCUGGUGGUUCUAGCAUGUACCCUGGUCUUCCCAGUCGUUUGGAGAAGGAGAUGAAGCAAUUGUACUUGACUCGCGUCUUGAAUGGCGAUCCUUCACGGUUGAACAAAUUCAAGAUCAGGAUUGAAGAUCCUCCUCGUCGGAAGCACAUGGUUUUCUUGGGUGGUGCAGUCCUUGCUGACAUUAUGAAAAACCGAGCAGACUUUUGGAUAUCACGCGAGGAGUGGUUCGAGCAAGGUAUUCGCUCGCUGGAUAAACUCGGACGCGGAGAAAAUAAUUAG